CGUCAAUUCCUUUCGACCCGUUGAGGAAGGGAUUUUCGUGUCAUGGUAUAUCAUACACCCCAAGAAACUAUCAAGUACAGUAUUUGCGCUUGAGAUCCUGAGUAUAAAUGAUUACCGAUUCCCAUUCAAGUUACACACGGAAAAUCCUUUGUGCCCCGCCAAUUAUCGGUAGAGCCAGACCAUGGAGAACAUUGUCUCUGUCACUCUCGGCAAGGUAGAAAACCUCUGGUUCAACAUCGUAUCAUCAUACUCUCCGCUGUCGAUCGAAUUCAUAGGGACGCUUCUUGUUCAGACAACCUUCGUUUGGCUCCUCUCUUUGUGUUAUAUCUCGCUUGAUACCCUUUUCCCAUCCUUCUCCCAGAGGCACAAAAUCCAGCCGGCGGCUAGACAACCUUCUCGCCAUGAUAUCUGGCGCUGUGUCGUGGUCGUAGCGCAGAAUCAGGUGCUGAUGUCGAGCAUUCAUCUUAUUCAACUGCUUGCGCUCAAUCGUCUCGGCUACCGAUCGUCCGCGUACCGUGUCGAGGCUUCAUUUCCAACCGUGACAGAGGUUUUUCGCGACAUCAUCCUCAGCGGUCUCAUGAGGGAAGUGAUAUACUAUUAUAACCACCGUUUGCUCCAUAGUAGUUCGCGUUUAUAUAUUCAGAUUCACAAGAAGCACCACCAAUUCACUGCGCCCUUCGCUCUCGCAACUCAAUUUGCACAUCCACUUGAGCAUCUUCUUACCAAUGUACUCCCAGUUACUCUACCGCCGGAAAUGUUGGGCAGCCAUGUGUUGACAUUUUGGAUUUCCAUGGCCCUCCACUUGUUCAGCGCAGUAACCGUACAUAGCGGAUACGAUUUCUUCAACAACAUGGCAAAGGCGCAUGAUUUGCAUCAUGAGAAGUUCAACUUGCAUUAUGGGACGAUGGGUCUUCUUGACUGGAUCCAUGGGACAGAUAAACAUAAGAAGGACCGAAAGGAGUAGUAUUGGGGAUUUUUUUUUGUAUGUGUAUUAUUAUAUUGAUGAUAUUUAACAGAUGUCUUUAUGUAACUUGCUGGCCAAUUUGGCUGUUGUGUUCACUUGCUCCAAACCCCAGCGAGAAAUUUGAAGAUCAUGUCGACAGGACGAUUCGAGGUCGAUGCAUACGAGGUCUGAAAGUCUGUCUAGUAGACGUAACUUUCAUCCUGCGAGGCUGAAAGGAUAUGUCGAAGCAUUCAUGAGACCCUGGAAACAAGACGUGGACAUGUCCCGAAAUUCACCUUCUAUGAUAAAUCCAUCUAUUUCCACAAGUCAAUGAAUUACCUAAC